AUGGUAAAUGACAAUAAUAAAGAAAACAAUAAACAAAAAGGAUUAUUACCUCCACAAGCAUUAUUAUCUACUCCUCCACCUGAAGAUACUUCUACUUUAACUUCUCCUUGGUGGUCUGAAGAAACGACAGAAGACAAUAACAAUAGCAAUACUGAUAACAAUACUAGUAGUAGUGAUAGCAUAAAAGCAGAACUAGAAAAUGUUAUUGAUGAAUCAAAAAAAUGUAGUAUGGUUUGUUUUCUAAAGACGAGCCAAAAUUUGCUAAAACAGCAACAAGAACAAAAGAGUAAAUUUAAUCCAUUUUAUGGCACUUGGAUUUCCGUAGCAAAGACACCAAAACGAUGUAAAGAACAUUUAUUAAUAGAAGGAACCAUGACAAAGAAAAAUCAUCCAGAUUAUUAUAGGAUGGAAUUAGGAGAAGAAUUAAGCCGUUCAGGCGAAUAUAUCUCCAAAGCUAUUCAGAGGACAUUUACUCCAUUACAGCAUUUUACACAAAGAUAUAUUAGUUCUUGGAAGGAUGGCAGUCAACAAGCCUUUUUCUCUAAAUUAUGGUCAAGUAUGCAAAAAGGAGAUGCCUUUUACUUGGUGAAAGAGAGUACAAAAAGAUUGAUUGAAAAUGCUAUGGAUCAUGAUAAAAAGCCAAAUGACAAGAAAUGA